AUGGACGCCUUCUCGCUGUUAGCUCCGCCAUCAUCCCCGGCGCCGACCGGGCUCCAGAUCUUUGCUCUCUCUGUCAACUUCCUCUUCCCUGCCCUGGCUCUGCUCGUUGUGUCUGUCCGCGUUGCGGGCAGAGUCGCGGCGAGUCAGCUCGGUGUGGACGACUGGCUCAUUUGCAUAGCCAUGCUCAUGUCCGUCGCAGAAACCGUCUUCAGCUUCUUCUUCAUCAAGACAAACCAUAUCGGCAUACCUCCCGACCAGGUGCCGCCACACGAUCCUACCCAAGGGCUAAUAUGGUCAUAUGUCGUCCAAAUCCUGUACAACCCCAUCCUUGCACUGGUCAAGACAUCGGUCUUGAUAUUCUUGACCCGCCUGUUCGGUCAGAAAGACUGGGUGCGGAGGUUCCUGUUCUGGCUUAAUGUCGCCAAUAUUUCGCAGAUGAUAGCCGUCUUCUUCGCUGUCGUCCUGCAAUGCACACCUGUCCAGUCCAAUUGGGACCCUACCAUUUCGAGCGCACAUUGCAUUGACCGCCGCGUCCUGUUCAUUUCAACCGCCGCCAUCAACAUUGCGACCGACCUGCUCAUCCUCGGGCUGCCGCUAUGGAUAUUUUCAUCUCUCCAGAUCCCGAAGCGCGCCAAGAUCGCCUUGUUGGUCGUCUUCCUCCUGGGAUUCCUGGUAACCAUCACAUCCAUCGUCCGCCUCGUUCUCCUCGUCCAAGGCCUCUUCAACAUUUCCAUCUUCCCCAACUCCUCGAAGAACGUCGGCUUCGUCGUCUGCGCGAUCGAAACCAACCUGGCCCUGAUCACCGCCACUGCGCCGGCCCUCCGCCCCAUCUUCCGCUCCCGCGACCGCGGCGGCUGGUUCGCGCGAAGCGUCAUGGCCACAACCCGCGGCGUCCCCAAUAUCAGAAGCGACCCAGACGUCGAAAUGGGCCAGAAGUCAGUCGGCUGGGACAAAGAAACCUCGCCCAUCAUCGGCGGUAGCGGCCGCGGCCCCGGUAGAAGCAUAUCCUGCCGCGGCGGCACCACCACCAGCAGUCGAGGAGCUAAGAAUGGAGGAAGAAGCAGCGGCACGCGGCGCCGGGGCCGCAGCCCGUUGCGCGGCAUGCGCGGCAGCGGCCGCGUCAAGCCGACCAUCACCCGUAUCAAGACGGACUGGCUCCGCGACUCGGCGGUGGCCGAGCUGCGCAGCUCGCCGCGCUUGAGCGAGGAGCAGGCCAUGACCAGCAACGGCAUGGUCCGCGUGAGCGACAUCCAGCGGGAGAUUGAUGGCAUCGGCAUGGACAUUGCCGUUGCCGGGGCCGGGACGUACACCGGUGGCAAUGUUGGGAUUGUUGGCGACUAG